UCAAAACCUCAAACCAAUCACAGAUCAUCAAUAAUUAUAUUGAUUAAUUGAGUUUUUGGGCGUCGAUCGCCGGCCAAUUGAGUUCAGUAUCGUCGAUUCGAUCGAGCUUAGCAGCAAUGGCGGCUUUAUUCGAUCAUGGCUGCAGUUCUCUUCUCCUGCUGCUGAUCUUCACUUUCGCAGCCAUAACCUGCAACCUCCACCCGGCCGCGGCGGCUCGGCAGCUCCUCGAGACACCCUCCAAGCCGGAGAUUCCAGAAUUGCCAAAACCCCAGAUUCCGGAAGUACCAAAGCCUGAGCUCCCAAAGGUCUCGGAAUUGCCAAAACCAGAGCUCCCAAAGCUGCCGGAAGUUCCGAAACCUGAGGUCCCGAAGCUGCCGGAAGUCCCAAAACCUGAGCUCCCGAAAGUGCCGGAAGUUCCGAAACCAGAGCUACCAAAGCUGCCGGAAGUUCCAAAACCUGAGCUCCCGAAGGUGCCGGAAGUUCCGAAACCUGAGCUCCCAAAGCUGCCGGAAGUUCCAAAACCUGAGGUCCCGAAGGUGCCGGAAGUUCCAAAACCCGAGGUCCCGAAGCUGCCUGAAGUUCCAAAGCCUGAGCUCCCAAAGCUGCCGGAAGUUCCGAAGCCUGAGCUCCCAAAGGUGCCAGAAGUUCCAAAACCCGAGGUCCCGAAGCUGCCGGAAGUUCCUAAGCCCGAGGUCCCAAAGCUGCCGGAAGUUCCUAAGCCCGAGGUCCCGAAGGUGCCGGAAUUGCCUAAACCUGAGGUCCCAAAGCUACCGGAAGUUCCGAAGCCUGAGCUACCAAUAUUGCCGAAACCUGAGAUUCCGGUGCUGCCCAAGCCUGAGAUACCAACAUUGCCGAAACCUGUUAUUCCAGAGUUGCCUAAGCCUGUGCUUCCAGAGUUGCCUAAGCCUGUGCUUCCGACACUGCCAAAACCUGAAAUCCCGGAAUUGCCAAAACCUGAGAUCCCACAUUUGCCCAAGACAGAGAUGCCGGCACUGGAAAAGACUGAGCAGCCCAAGCCAGAGGUUCCAACAUUGCCAAAACCCGAGAUCCCUGAAUUGCCAAAACCUGAGGUUCCAACAUUACCAAAACCUGAGAUUCCAGAACUUCCAAAACCCAAAAUCCCAGAGCUGCCGAAACCUGAGAUUCCAGUACUGCCGAAACCUGAGAUUCCAGAGCUGCCGAAACCCAAAAUCCCAGAGUUGCCAGAACUACCAAAACCUGAAGUUCCCAAAUUGCCAGAACUGCCAAAGCCUGAAGUUCCUAAAGUGCCUGAACUCCCUAAGAUCCCAGAGUUGCCUAAACCUACUUUGCCAGAAGUGCCCAAAUCUCCAUGAUUUGCACGAGUCGGCAAGAAUUUGAUCUCUGGGACUUGAAUUCUUUGGAGUGUGUUCAGCAUGAUUAAAUAUGAAGUUUUUACAAUUCUCUAGCAAUCUUCUAGUUAUUUUCAAGUCAUGUUACAUCUAUUAUUUGUUUUUGUAUUGUGUGACAGAAUUUGCACUUCCACUGUUGAUUCAUAUAUCUAUGUAAUAUAUGCACUAUCUUCUUUA